GAAGCCUCAAGUAGAGUCAUUCAGAGAUUCGUCAGCAUGUAGGUCAGAAUCCUCACAGUCAGUACGUGGGUUAGCCGUCGUCUCCAGCAGUACAGCUUCUCCUGUGUUGUCGUUCACCUUCCUUACAGGCACCAGAUCUUACUAGCAGUGAUGAGAUUAGUUGUCUCCAUAGUGUUGAUGGUUGUGGUGAUGGCCGCCGCCCGCGCUGCUCCUCACACACAACCUCAGCCUGGGCACGCACAACCUCAGCCUGGGCACGCACAACCUCACCGCACCCCCGAGAGGAACGCUGUGAGGGAGGCUUCAGCGGAGUCCUCGGAGGAGUCCGGAGAGUCAUCCUCAUCCUCUGAAGAGGACACCUCUUCCUCAUCUUCUGAAGAGGACACCACCUCCUCCUCAGAAGAAUUAGUUAGCACUUCACCUAAGUCUUCAGAGGAGUCACAGAAGGUGCCAACUCCUGAAGUGGGAGAUCCUGAAGCUGAAUAACGGAGAAGUGGGUGGUUACAGGGAGUGGAGUGACUCACGGUGGGUGGUUAGAGGGAGUGGAGUGACUCACGGUGGGUGGUUACAGGGAGUGGAGUGACUCACGGUGGGUGGUUACAGGGAGUGGAGUGACUCACUUCAUUGGAUCAAACCUGAUUACUUCGCAUUAACCAGACUGUUUUAGCCCUUCUCCAUAAUUAUGUUUAGACAAGUCAAAGAAGGUUCCUUGAUGCUGGUGAGCGUCUUGAUACAAAGAAUUUGGCUUGCUCUCCCUUUCCUUGGAUUGAACCUUAUUGCCUUCCAUUCCCCAAACACUGUAUGACUCAGUUUGUGGACUUGAAUACAUUAGGGACAGCUCAAAAUAUUUUAAAUGUAAUAGCUUUAUCCAUUAAUUAGCCAGAGAUGUUUAUAUACUUGAUUAUGAUGCCUAACCAUGGAGGACGAUGGUCAUGCGCGUUAUUAUUAUUAAUAAUAAUAAUAAUAAUAAUUAUUAUUAUUAUUAUUAUUAUUAUUAUUAUUAUUAUUAUUAUUAUUAAUUUUACCCACUGAAGUGUUUAACCUAAUGAAUGAAUUAUUAUUUUAUUGUUAUAUCCACGGAAUUGGUAAACCAGUAGGUGAAAUUCAGCUCCCAGGGCAACUGGACAGAUUUAAUGCUAGUAGCUUUAAUUCCUUUGAUCAAGAGCCCUUCACUGACAUAGCACCCCCCCCCCCCUCCGUACAGGGAGUAACUCAGAUUGGAUUCUGAAGACUAACCGAAAAUGAGCUCAAAUAACUCGAGUUUACUUAACCUCGUGUGUCCAUUUGUCUUUUUUGUUUAAAAUUGUUUUAAGAAAUUAAAGACCUGCCAAGCGUUCAGAUCUUCCACAUUUUUUUUUUAAUAUUGAUGCAGUGUGUGAUGUUUACCAUUUUGCCUUAAAGUGAAGUGAAAAUAGUGGACGCUAUAUAUAUUAAAAAAAAUGUAUCUUUCGAUGUAUGCCUUAAGUAACAGUUUACGUAUAAAGGUUAUAUAUAGAUACUGUCUAUUUUGAAUAUGUAUGGUGGUGUUAAAAUAGCCUUGACUGAUGGUUACAUGUAGCCUUAAUGACCAUCGUGUAUUUGAUAGACAAAACUUAACAAAUCAACGUAACUUGUUCUCAGUACAUAUCUUCAAAAGCUAAGUUGUCUAGAGCAACUUUUCUGCUAAUUAACUUGUCUUCUUCUCUGCUUAUUUUUAAUGAAUGCUCUGCCUUGGUGGGAAUCGGCCAGUGUAUUAAAAAAAAAAAAUAUAAAGUAUCCUUUAAUUUCAUUCAUUCAUUAUCAUUAUUUUUUAGGGGGUUAAAACUGAUAUGAUAUUUUGAGCUGAUAAAAAUAUUUAUUUGGCCGCGAUGAAAAAGUUAUUGGCAGUAAUGAUAGGCUAUCUGUCGGUUUUAUUUUAUUUUUUGUACGGAACAGCCACCCUCCUUUCUUGAAGUAUUCUUGAUCCAAGGAAUUGGAGCUAAUUCCCCAUUCCUUAGAUCAAACCAGAUUAAUUCCCCAAGCGCUGUAUGGGUUUAGGGCUUGUCUGUAAAAACUAUUGAUAAAAUCUCAUUCCUGUUUCUGCACUGCCAGCCUCAUCUACGGCAUUUGCAUAUAUUUCCUCUAUCUUCCCCUCCAGGGAGGUUCCUUGACGCUGGUUAGGGGCUCUUGAUCUAGGGAAUUGGAUCUGUGAUCCAGUUCCCUGAAUUGAGCCUGCAUACCUUCCGUCCCCCCCUCUACAGGGGCUGUAAGCCCUACGGGUUUAGCGCUCCCCAUGAUUAUAAUAAUAAUAAUAAUCCUCUUUAUCUUAUAAAUCUUCAAAGUACCAUCGCAAGGCUAACAUGAGAUCUCUACUCUCAAAAACGUUUAAAUAAAAUUUCAAUAAAAUUA